AUGGAACAAGCUCUACUUGAUAAAAGAGUUAUCUUUGAGGAAGAUGAAGAGUCUAGCUCAUGUAAUUUGAAUCGACCUUUCAUAAUCUCAGCAGAAGAUAUUGUAAUUGUAAAGAAAAUUGGUGAGGGAGGUGCUGCUAAUGUUUUCCUUGCUAAAUGGAAAGGUCAAGAAGUUGCCAUUAAAACUCUUAAAGAAUGUUUCAGAGGAGACAAUGAGGUUUUGGAAACAGAAGCUGCCUUGAUUAGUAGUUUCCUUCAUCCGAAUGUGAUUAGAUUUUGGGGAUUUUGUGCCUCAUCCUCUCAGAAAUACAUGGUCAUGGAGUAUAUGAAAGGAGGAAGUUUGGAGAAUCUGAUUCAGAGUUGUAAAAUUGGAAAGGAAAAGUUGUCCCUCUAUGAAAAGCUUCAAAUUCUGAUUGGGGUAGCUAAAGGAAUGGCUUAUCUGCAUGGCUUGAAACCAUGUUGUGUUCACCGUGACUUGAAACCUGGAAAUAUUCUGUUGGAUGAAAAUCGAAUCAGUAAGGUUGGAGAUUUUGGUUUAUCCAGACUCAUUUCAAAUACCUAUCAGACCAGUUUUACAACGAAUGUGGGUACUUUAUUCUAUAUGGCACCAGAA